AUGUAUAUUCUUUUUUUUUCAUGUACCUCUUCUGUGGUUUUUGUGGGGACCAUAGGGAACAAAUAUAUUCUGGGUCUAGAGUACUACCUGACCUGAUUAUUUAUACUAGCAAGCAGUGGCGGACUGACAACUCAUGGGGCCCCCGGGCAAUAGGGGAUCAUGGGGCCCCUGUGUCCUUGCCCAAACUCAAAAAAACCUAUGAAAAAAGUAUCAGGGGCAUCUCAUGGGGCCCCCUACUGACUCCGGGCCCUUGGGCAGUGCCCGAGUUUCCAAAUGGUCAGUCUGCCCCUGCUAGCAAG